UUCCUCAUAUGAAGGUAGUGUAUUCAAGGGAGGUCAAUAGAUAAAACCGUUAUUCCGCAUGAUAAGUGCCAUCGAACUUGUCAACGUAGGACCUCCUAUUUCCACUUUAUCUGCCCCGUCAAUGCUGAGCGAUCCCUUCACCGCCGCGUAUUGUCCGAACAGGCAAAUGACCGUGCUGGCCAGCUAGUCGGUUGUACUCCCGCCUCGUCUUUUUCCGCCACUUCAUAAGUAAUCCAGCUCGAACAAUUAACUCCUCUUCUUCAUUGUCCUUUUCACUCUCAACAUUGCGUGUGGGAGGGCAAGCACAGCUACAAUGCCCGUGGAAGUUGUUACUAUCGUAAAUUCGUCGGGGAAGAUAAUCAGCAAUGGAAGACAUAUAAUCAACAUAUUGAAAGAGGCCAAGGCCUCUUACCAAGAAAAGAAGGCGUCUAUUAAGGCCGAACGCGCCGUCAGACGCAGUGACACCUUCGACAUACCGACCGUACCACGGUACUACGAUGGCGUCGAAUACGGCCGGCGAGCGUCUCACGACGAUGCCGCCUCUCAGGCCACAUCCCGAAGAAGUUAUCGUUCGAAGUACAGUGGAGCUUCCAAGCACCGAUCCGCCUCUCAAACAAGACCAGCCUUGACGGAGCGCAACCUUAAGACUCUUACAGAAGUGUCAUCUACGGCUCCUUCGCGACCUCCAGUAGCGUACCAGUCCCCGUAUGCCGAAACCGCCCCUCGAGACAUGGCCCUGAGCCGCCCAACUCUUGCUCAAGCGCCUAUCUAUGUUGACGAACCCCCGAUGCACAACAUGCCUGUGCCUCGAUCGAUUUCGGACCCAGCCCUGGGAGAUAAGAAAAAAGACAUAGAUGAGGAUUUGGCAUACGGGAAUGUUCCGCCUGAUUUAGCAGAGAGGGUUGAUUUAGACCCGGCCUACAAGGCGGAACAGAAGGAGCGCAAAGCAAUGAAUCUGAUGGAGAAAAUCGAGCAACUAUUGACGGAGACGCAAUGCUUGCAUCAUACCGCAACACAUAUUAUCCAACAUUUACAGGGAAAUCCAGAUGCCGCUGCUGCUGUCGCCCUCACGCUUGCUGAACUAUCCGCUCUACUCGGAAAGAUGUCGCCGUCUUUCCUUGCCGUCAUCAAGGGUGGAAGCCCCGCAAUUUUUGCUCUUUUAGCAAGCCCCCAAUUCUUAAUCGCGGCGGGUGUGACAGUCGGAGUCACGGUGGUCAUGUUUGGUGGUUGGAAAAUCGUUAAACGCAUCCAAGAGGUCAAGGAGGCCGAGGCCAACGCGGUUGCUCCAAUGGCCUUUGCGGCACACCAACCUGAACUUGGCGAUGCCGUUCGAGCUCCGUACCCAGAGUCCGAAAUAAGCGCAGGCUUUGAUGAAGCUCUAGUUAUCGAGGAGGAGCUCAGCGGUAUCGAGAAUUGGCGCCGCGGCAUUGUACCUUUUGGAGAAGAUGCGCAAGCCGAUCUAGAACUCAUCAGCCCCGAAGCUGACCGCGCAAUCCGUGGUCAGUAUGGCGGUGACGAUGCGCGUAGUGUUCGCACGAGCAAAACGCAUCGGACAACGAAAACCAACAAAACAAGUAAAACCACCAAGACAAGCAAGUCGCACAAAUCACACAAACCCACUCCCGAGAACGAGAGCAACGGCGGUCACAAGGAAACAGAUAACGCCAGCGAGGCGGGUAGCCACCGCAGUCAUCGAAGCCAUCGGAGUACUCGAAGCGAUAGAACGGAACGCACCUCCAAGACUAAACGUUCCGAGAAGGUCGAGUUGAAGGCGAUUGAAGAUGGUCGUAGUGACCGGGAAAACUCCAUCAACGUCGUGCUCCGCCCGAAAAAGGACAAUAUGCUGAAGGCAUUAUUCAAAAAGAAGAAGGACCGAGAAGUCUAUUCGGUUGUCCGGUAGUCAUCGUCUCUUGGAUUCAUUUCUUUUCUUUUCUCACUCUUUGAUUUCAUGCAUUAUCAUCAUCAUCAAACUACAGAUUAGGAGGAUACCAGGCUCGUAGAGGCUUUUUUUGAUCAUUUAUGGAGUUUGUGGGGAGCAUAUUUAAACAAUGGAUAUGAUGCAUACAUAUACAUAGCGGAGCGGCUGCGCAUUACAGAAACUGUUCAUAACGAAGUAAAGUCGGGUUUGGGAUGUAUGAUAUACUUAAGUUCGGAGUCAUGAUAAGUCAUGACAUUGUUCGAGUAUUGUAUGCUCGAUCAAUUUAUAA